AUGAAGCAAAAUCUCACUUCUGUAACGGAAUUCAUCCUUGUAGGAUUCAUGGACCACCCUGACCUCCAAGUCCCCCUCUUCAUCUUGUUCCUGGUUAUCUAUGUAGUCACAAUAAUAGGCAACCUUGGGAUAAUCAUAGUGACCAGUGUGGAUGCUCGGCUCCACACCCCAAUGUACUUUUUCCUGAGAAACCUCUCCAUUAUCGAUAUUGGUUAUUCAACUGCCAUUGCCCCCAAGUUGCUGACAACCUUUGUGGCAGAGAAGACAACCAUUUCUUUCAAGGGAUGCACAGCGCAGUUUUUCUUUUUUUGUUUGUUUGUGACCACUGAAGGCUGCCUUCUUGCUGUGAUGGCGUACGAUCGCUUCACAGCCAUCUGCAACCCACUGCUCUAUUUUGCUGUUAUGUCAAAGAAGUUGUAUGCCAUAUUGGUGGUAGUUGCAUAUAGUUGUGGCUUGGCAAGUUCAACUAUCCAUACCAUUUUCAUAUUCAAUUUGUCCUUCUGCAGUUCAAAUAUCAUUAAUCAUUUUUUCUGUGAUGUUCCUCCUAUACUCCAGUUGUCCUGUUCUGACACCCAUGUCACUCGCACUGUGCAUUUCAUUUUAUCCACUGUCAUUGCACUGACGACUUUUCUCAUUGUCUUGGUCUCCUACAUUGCCAUAGUUUUUGCUAUCAUGCAGAUCCGUUCUGCCCAGGGCAGAUACAAAGCCUUCUCCACCUGUGCUUCCCACCUGACCACAGUCACUAUCUUCUUUGGAACCAUCAUCUUCAUGUAUAUACGGCCUGGUUCCAGUUUCCCAAAGGAUCAGGACAAAAUAGUUUCUGUGUUCUAUACUCUCGUGACAUCCCUGCUCAACCCUCUCAUCUACAGCCUAAGGAACAAAGAUGUGAAAGAUGCUGUGUGCAGGAUAGCAGGCAAAGUGGCAUUUCUGAAGUAG